AUGUUAGAUGGCGAUUCUACAAUAUAUGCGCUAUCUACAGCGCCCGGGCGUGCUGCAAUCGCCGUCGUGCGCGUCUCCGGACCAGCCUGUGUCCCAAUAUACCAAAGUCUUUGCCCCAAUACAUCCCUCCCCAGACCUCGAUAUGCGGCCCUCCGCACUCUUUAUGAUCCGACGAAACCCCCAACCCCCAACACAGUUCUCGACGCCGGCGCCCUUGUCCUCUACUUCCCUUCUCCCCGCACCGUGACGGGCGAGGAUAUCCUAGAAUUGCAUAUCCACGGCGGAUUAGCGAUCACCAAAGCUGUUCUUUCCGCAAUCGCGUCAACCAACACACCCGAGCUCUCAGUUCGCUAUGCUGAAUCAGGCGAGUUCACUCGUCGAGCAUUCAUGAACGAUCGCCUCAGUCUUCCACAAAUCGAAGCACUAGGUGACACCCUGUCAGCGGACACGGAGCAGCAGCGGCGUCUCGCUGUGCGCGGAUCUAGCGAUGCGCUGGUCCGCAGAUAUGAGAAUUGGCGCCAGGGCUUACUCUAUGCGCGUGGGGAGCUGGAGGCGUUGAUUGACUUUUCCGAGGAUCAGCAUUUUGACGAGUCUACCGAGGAGCUGGUUUCCUCUGUCGUGGGCCAAGUCCGAGCUUUGAAAACGCAGAUUGGAUUCCACAUUGGGAAUGCGUCUCGAGGAGAGCUUCUCCGGAACGGAAUCCGGGUUGCUUUGCUUGGGGCGCCCAAUGCGGGGAAGAGCUCCUUGCUCAACCGUGUGGUUGGUAAAGAAGCUGCCAUUGUCAGCACUGAACAGGGAACUACGAGAGAUAUCGUUGACGUGGGAGUGGAUAUCGGGGGUUGGUUUUGUAAGCUUGGGGACAUGGCAGGGAUCCGCGCUGACGCAGGUGGGGAGGUCGUCAUUGGCGCUGUUGAGCAAGAGGGAAUACGAAGAGCCAGGGCCAGGGCCCUGGAAUCCGACGUUGUGAUCGUCGUUGUCUCGUUGGAGGACACCGCAUCUGGUGCUCAGCUCUUUAUGGAACCGGAGGUCGUCGACGCAGUAAAUGACUGUGUUGAAGCAGGCAAGUGUCUUGUGGUGGCAAUCAAUAAGUGUGAUAAGCUACACACUGCCCUUGAUGGUGAUGUCCCUCUACCAUUGUCCGACCUCAUCCGGGAUAUCUUCCCCUCUGUCCCCGCAAAUCGUGUCUUCGCCAUCUCUUGUGAGCAGGCUCAGAAGGCAGAACCGAGUCUCGCCUCUACGGAUCCAGGAAAUCUACAAGCGUUUCUCCGCGGUCUUAUCGCGACUUUUGAGCAAAUUGCUUCGCCGCUCAGCAUGGACGGCGAAGGGAGUGAGCAGUAUGAUAUCUCAUAUUGGGAAGACUCUCUUGGUGUUACACAUCGUCAAAGUUCUAAUUUACAAUAUUGUCUCGACCAUCUGGAUGACUUCUUGUCCCAAGCUGCACCUUCAGCUAGCCCUGUUUCCGAGGAUCGAUUUGACCCUUAUGGUGCAACCGAAGUUGACAUUGUCUUGGCUGCGGAGCAUCUGCGCUUUGCGGCAGAUAUGCUGGCCAAAAUCACUGGCAAGGGUGAAAGUGGCGAUGUCGAAGAUGUUUUGGGUGUCGUUUUCGAGAAGUAA